UAUUCUCAUAUAAAAAUAUUGAAGCUUCCUUGUCUCAAGGGAUAAGAUAACAUUGGUAGAGAAAUGAAGAAAUCCGAACUUGUAUUCAUCCCAACUCCCGGGCUGAGCCACCUCAUCCCCACCAUGGAGACGGCCAAGCUCCUCCUCCACCGCGACGGCCGCCUCGCCGCCACCGUGCUCCUCCUCCCAACCUCCUCCAAAGACACCAACGCCGAGACCUACAUAAAAAGCACCGCUUCAAACCCCACAUUUUCAUCACGAUUGAGGUUCAUCAACCUCCCUUUUAUACAACACACAAACACACACUUCUUCGAGCAAUUCGACGUCCAAAUCCCCAACGCGAGGCGUGAGAUCUCAAACCUCGUUAGGCAGUCGGAUUCCCGCCUCGCCGGCGUCGUGCUCGACAUCUUCUGCACCGAGUUCGCCGACGUCGCCGGCGAAUUCGGCCUGCCGGCGUAUCUAUUCUACACCGGCGGCGCCGUCAGCCUCGGCCUGUUCCAACACCUCGUCUCGUUGAAAUUCGAGCACGGCGAGGACGUAACGGCGUACAAAGACGCCGUCGGCGUGGAGCUGCCGACGCCGUAUCUUUCGCUUCCCGUUCCGGCGGAAGUCCUGCCGGCCGUGACGGUGGAUAAACAUUUCUUCCCCGACAUUUUCUUGAAUCAUUUCAAGAGAGUGUCGGAGAUGAGAGGCGUCAUGAUCAACACAUUCUACGAGCUCGAAUCCUACGCCGUUGAAUCGCUGCUCUCCGAUGAUAAGACGCCGGAGAUUUAUCCGGUGGGCCCGGCCUUGAAGAAGGAAACCCUAACAUUUGACGAAGAUGAUGAUGUGAAGAAAUGGCUCGACGAUCAGCCGGAGAAUUCGGUGGUUUUCUUGUGCUUCGGAACCGCCGGCAGCUUCGACGGAGCUCAAGUGAGGGAAAUCGCCGAGGGCUUGGAGAGGAGCGGGAGCCGUUUCUUGUGGUCGCUCAGAAAGCCGGCGACCAGAGAGAAUUUUGAGUUAGAGAGAGAAUCCGAAUAUUUCGAGCAAGUGUUGCCCGAGGGUUUUUUGGAGAGGACUAAAGGGGUGGGGAGAGUGAUCGGGUGGGCCCCGCAGGCGGCCGUGCUGGCCCACGCGGCGGUGGGGGGUUUCGUGUCGCACUGCGGGUGGAACUCGACUCUCGAGAGCGUGUGGUUCGGGGUGCCGAUGGCGACGUUCCCUCUACACGCGGAGCAACAGCUGAAUGCGUUUUAUCUGGUGGAGGAGUUGGGGGUGGCGGAGGCGAUCACGAUGGAUUAUAAGAUGGAUUUCACGGGGGAGAAUCCGCCGGAGACGGUGGGACGGGAGGUCAUCGCGGCGGGGAUAAGGCGGCUCAUGGCGGAGGAGGGGGGGAGGCGGCGGAAGGUGGAGGAGAUGGGGAAGAAGGCGAGGGCGGCUUUGGUGGAAGGUGGAUCUUCUUACAAUGCUCAAACUCUUUUCAUCGAGGAAGUUAUGAGAAAUAUUGCUUAGGUAUUUAAUUUAAUUUGAUUUUCUUGCGUGUAGAAUAUAAUUUAAUUACUUGAUAUUAGACAUAAUCGUUGCAAUAAUUUUAUAUACUCACUUCGUUAAAUUAA